AUGCGAAAAUCUAUAGACUUAAGUUUCUCGUCUUUCAUUUUGUUUCCCAGAGAUAAUGUGGUUAAGGUUGUGGUAUAUUAUCAGCAACUGAACUAUGAACUGAUAGAAGAAGUUCCUUCUAUGCAGGUAAGCUCCAUAAUGUCCCCAAAAUAAAAUCAAGUAUCAGUGCCUUCUAUCUACAAAGAAGUUCAUUUCUCCUAUGUAUGUUUCAUGUAAGUGUUACAUCAAACAUCUUUUUUAUUCACCAAUUAACUUCAGGAUUUCUGUGAGGUUUUUAUUUUUUUGUUUUAUUAUUUUGCAAAUGUCUUGUUUUUUUUUUUGUUUUUUUUGUUUUUUACGAAUUACAGUAGGGAAUUCGUAAGUUUGCUUAAAAUACACUGCUCAAAAAAAUAAAGGGAACACAAAAAGAACACAUCCUAGAUCUGAAUGAAUUAAAUAUUCUUCUGAAAUACUUUGUUCUUUACAUAGUUGAAUGUGCUGGCAACAAAAUCACACAAAAAUAAAAAAAUGGAAAUCAAGUUUUUCAACCCAUGGAGGACUGGAUUUGGAGUCACACUCAAAAUUAAAGUGGAAAAACACACUACAGGCUGUGUAGUAUUGCAAAUGGGGUAUGUCCAGUCUUUUUUAGUAGCCACUUAGUCACAAACACUGGCCAAAAUUAGCAUUCAUAAUAGUUUUUUUGCAUGUUUAACACACAAACAAAUAUAAAUGCUAACUUUGGCCAGUGUUUGUGACUAAGUGGCUACUAAAAAAGACUGGACAUAGCCCAUAUUGAAUACCCUGGGUUGACUACAUUUCAAAAAUAUAUGGUUUGAUGGGGGUAAAUUACAUUGGCUGACUUCAGAAAUGUCCCAAAUAGGACAUGGGUGCAUGAUGUGGAAAUCCAGCUGUGGAAAUUCCAAGUUGGAAACUGGAAUGCGCACCCUCCAAAUAUGGUCUCUUAACCCCUAGAGAACCCGACACACCUAUACAUGGGUGGUAUCACCGUACUCAGGAGAUGUUGCCGAACACAUAUUGAAGUGUUCUUUGGCAGUAACCCUUAAAGUUCUCUGUACAUGUAUUCUUAAAUUGCUAUGUGUGUCAAAACAAAUCAGCAAUUAUCAUUUUUUUUUUAUUUGGCAUAUAUUGGUAGUAAAAUGGUUGCAUGAAUAAUCAAAAUACCUUAGGUUGUCUUCUUUAAAAAUAUAUAUACAUGUUAUUCAGGGAUUCCUGACAGAUAUCAGUGUUACAAUGUAACUUGUAAAAUGAUGGUUUGGAAAUAGCACAGUGCUACUUGUACUUAUGGUCCUGUAACUUUCCAAAAAAGCUAAGAACUUGGGUGUUUUUUGGCAGUUUUAUAGAAAAUUAUAUGAUAUGAUGAAAAUAAUGUUAUCUUUAGAAAGACCAUUUAAUGGCGAGAAAAACUGUGUAUAAUAUGUGUGGGUACAGUAAAUGAGUAAGAGGAAAAUUACAGCUAAACACAAACACCACAGAAAUGUAAAAAGAGCCCUGGUCUUUAAAGGUAAGAAAAUUGAAAAACGGUCUGGUUACUAAGGGGUUAAAUGCAUGUAUGUUUUCAUUGAGGGUAUAUCUAAUAAAUAGUGAUUUAAAUGUAUUUAUCUUUUAAGUGGAAUGUCCCUUUAAGUUCCAGUAAGUACUAGUAAUUAUGCUCAUGCAGUUAUCUUUUUUUGUUCUUUUCUGCAGCUCGUAGACUUGUUUUCUAGCAUCGGAGGUUUGGUCGGACUUUGGAUUGGAGUCUCAGUCUGCACAGUGGCUGAGUUUUUUGAACUGAUACUGAAUCUUCUGACAUUUUUUAUUCGUCAAAUUCCAAAAAGAGAUGAAGAGUCACCUACAAACCCAUAUACAAUUCCAGAUCCUGAUCCAUGUUCUCCUGGACUUCAGUCAGAUAACUGUUUUGCAUGGGAUGAUGAUGGUUCUAAUCUUUUGGGGGACCAGUAUAAUAUCAUCCAAGGCAUACACAAUCCAUACGAGUGUUACAAUACAUAACCAGAAACCAUGAGACGCAGGAGGAGGUUAAGAGCAGGUGGAUCUCUGGGGCACCCUAAUCACAAGGAGCUACUGCAAGAUGUUGGGAGAUGUAUGGAGUGUUAAGAAGCACAUGGCAGAUAUUGUUUAUUCAGUAUUGAAAACAUGUAACUGAAAAGUUCAUUCAAAC